AUGGAGACCUGUCGCGAGGCUGUUGACACUAGCAUUAGUCGUGCGGCGCGCGGCGCCCGUGGGUGUUGGGGGUCCGUCUGUUUAGGCGUUACCAUAGCUCCAUUCUGCAAGGGCAAGUGUCAAGGCUCGCGUCGGGCCCAGUCAGUGCCUCCACCGAACUAUUGGGACGUGCUGGUUGCUGAAGGGGCUCGCCCAAGCGCAGCCAGAUGGGCCAGGUCAUCGCUUAAGCUAUCAUCGACAGUCGAUCAUCAGGUCCGCACUCGAAGCGACGAGCUUGAUGUUCACCUCACCGGCUAA